GCUGCCCAGAGAGGUGGUGGAUGCCCUGUCCCUGGAGACAUUCAAGGAUGGUGCACUAAGCAACCUAAUCUAGCUAUAGGUGUCCCUGUUCAUUACAGAAAAGUGGGUUGGACUAAACAACCUUCCAGGACUCCUUCCAACUCCAAGAGUCUAUGAUCCUAGAUGUUAUGGGCUGAGAACACCUCCUCCUCCUGAACCUGAUGGAAGAGACUGACAGAAGGUGGAACAAUUUCUGAAGUCAGAUCUGGACGGACUUGCUAUACUGGUGCAGCUGCUUCAUUUUUUGUUACCAUUCACCUUGCCAAGAUAGCAGUGUGUGACUCUUAAACAGAUAGUAGCACUUCGGCACAACUGAGGGAGAAAAAAAGGCAUUUUCAAAGUAUUGCAAACCAACCUAAAACAGGUGAUGGUAUAUUUAUCCAGCAUGGGUAGCCUACAAUACAGGGAUGGCCUCUGUGAAACACCUUAGCAGUAGUCAUACGUCUCAGAAACAGCUCAGCAGAGGACUACAGGCACAUUCUAAAAGCAUCCUCAAUGGGAGACAGCAUCGCUUGAGUCAGUAAGAGUUUCUUAUGGAUAAAGCAGCAGAUGCAUCCCAACUGUUUGCACUUUCCACAUAUCCAUAAAGGCUGAGGAAAAGAACAUGCUAAACUGAAUUGAAAAAACUUAGAGAAUUAAGUGGGAAAACAGUUUGCGGAGAUACAGAAUGACCCCUCAGAAGCUCUUUGGAAGAAUGUGAAUAAUGCACAGAUUUCUUCCUUUCUUACUGCAGUGAUAUUACUUCUUUGCCCUACUGAAAACAUGCCUGACACAGCACGGAUGCAUCUUUAGUCUGCACAGCGGUAUUCCAGCAAAAUGGAGGCAGCUUGCACAGACAGACUUAAGCAGAAUUAGCUCACAAGCAGAAGCAUCACACAGCAAAGACAGGAGCCUUUCUAGAACACCACAAGACUGAAGCCAGCCUGGCUCAGGUUCUUGGUUUCUACGGUAACAGAUUUGGCAUAUGACAGCCCUUCAGCUGCUUCCCUCCUUGCUUCUCCCAGCUCCGGCCUGGGUACAGCAGCCUGCCGCACACGCGCGACCACGCAGCCACCACAUAUGCGCAAGCUGUAAAAGCAGAGCCGCAGGUAAUCUGAUUCAGCUCAAUCUCCAUAGCAACUCAAUCUUCGUGCCCAGAUCUCGGCGUGCUGGAUCUAUUUAUGGCACAGCGGCCGCCUCCACCCCUUGCACCAGGCUCCCAGCACUGCUGCCAGGCCUCACCCCAGCACAAGGACUGCCGGGGCAUGCUCUGACUGACCCCAGCAGUGCAGGCCCUGAGCCGGUGGCACUGCCGUGUCCACAAUGCACUAAAAGCCUCCCCGCCAGCAAGGUUUUCUGUGUGCGCAAAUGCUACGCGGAUCAGAAGCUGCUACUGGCCACUGAAAGCAAGGACCCACUGCAGCUGAUGAGAUCCUCUGCCCGAGUGCACUCCCGGGGAAAACCACCAACAAUAAACUCAUGCUGGAGAACUGCAGAAGCACACACUUUCACAUUACUUGUCAUUAAUAAAAAAACAACAACAGAUUGCAGCCUCAGCCCCGCCUUCACUGGAAGCCCUUUGGUUCAGGCUGCAGCCCCUACUCUCCUUACCUCUUGCAUAUCACUAGAAACCAUCUCAGAAUACUGGCGCAAGAGCCCUCCGCCAACCCAGCCAGUCCUCCUGAGCACACAGCUCACACUUAAAUCUUUUAGGUACCAUUAAUCUCUGGAGAUUUGCAGUACAGAACAGCAACAUAAGUGUUUUGGCUCUCUGCCUUUUGCUUCUUCCAAAUCUGUCCAUUUCCCCCCUCCUUGCACGACACCAUCACAAAACACAAAAGCCACAUCAUUUAU